UGGUGUGUCAAGAAACAUAAUUUAUGGAUUCCUCAAAAGGUAUGCGACAUAUCAAAACCACGACCAAAGAUGGUCCAAGAUUUAGGGAAGAACAUCAACCUUUGAGUCCUAUGGCUCGGUUGUUCCAUGAACCUGGUUCCAAUGUCUAUGUCAUAACCAUAAUGGGGUGCAAAACCAAGAUCAACAUUGAUGUCGUCAAACACAAUACGGUUCAUUCUCUCAACUGGCAUCCUCGAUUCUCGAGUUUGCAGGUUUUCGACAAAGAAACAGGGAGCAUCCGAUGGGUUCCGACAAACAUUAACUUCGACGACCAUGUAAUAGUCCCAAAAAUAGAUCCGAACAUCAAGUUUCCGGACAAGUUUGUGGAUGACUACAUAUCAAACCUCAGCAAAUCUCCCAUCGACAACUCGAAACCUUUAUGGGAUUUCCACAUUCUUGACAUCAAGACGGCUGAAGACGAAGGGACGGGAAUUUUUCGUUUCCACCAUUCGUUAGGCGACGGUUUGUCUUUAAUGACACUUUUUCUUUCUAAUACGCGUCAAUCAUCCGAUAUUAAUGCUUUGCCGACACUUCCUGUUAGCAAAAACUCGGGUUACAUCAAGUUUACUAGCUUUUGGUCUCCUCUACAAGUGUUUUGGAACUCCAUUGUUGCGGUUAUGAUGUUUAUUUUCACAAUGUUGUUUCUUAAAGACACCGAAACACCGUUAAAAGGCAGCAUGGGCGUUGAGAAUAGACCUCGGCGUUUUGUUCGCAAGACUGUUAGCUUAGCCGACGUUAAGGUUGUGAAGGACGCUAUGAAUGUGACGUUGAAUGAUGUUGCACUUGGAGUCACUCAGGCAGGUUUAUCUACAUACUUAAAUCGCAGAUACGGUGAAAUCAGGGAUGUCGAUAGGACAGAUCGUCAUGAUAAAACCAACUUCAUUCCAAAAAACAUUCGCCUUCGUGCAACAUUCUUUUUCAACCUAAGAGCAACCACCAGGAUCGACACUCUCAUUGAAACAAUGAAAACCGGGAAUAUGGGCCACUGGGGCAACCAAAUAGGGUAUGUGCUACUCCCUUUCGCGAUUGGACUUAAAAGCAACCCGUUAGACUAUGUGAAAGAAGCCAAGGCGGUCAUUGAUCGAAAAAAAUCCUCUUUGGAACCUUUGUACACUUAUUUUGUUGUUUACUUGGUCCUCAAGUUGUUUGGGAUUAAGGCUGUAGGAAAAUUAAACCACAAUGUGUUCUUUAAUACAACCUUGUGGUUCAGCAAUGUGCCUGGACCAGAACAAGAAAUCACAUUUUAUGGUCAUGAUCUCACUUACAUUGCUCCUAGUUGCUAUGGACAACCUAACGCACUAAUGAUCCAUAUAUUGACUUACAUGGAUAAAAUGAUGUUUGUGAUAUCGGCAGACGAAGAAACCAUACCAGACCCUCAUAGAUUGUGUGAUGAUCUUGAGGAAUCCCUUCACCUAAUCAAGACAACCGCUUUAUUAAGAGAGAACAUAAAAAACAAGUAAUAAGUAAAAAUAUUAGAAAUGAUAAUUAUUAUAUACAUGUAUUACUUGCUAAAUCUAUGUAUCUUGUGUGUUCAUCUUAAAAAUAAAACACAAAUUUUAUAAUUUGUUGUUUUUAGUUAGAGUAAUUUCAAUGGUUGUAAAAAUCGUGACUAGACACCGAUUAAUCACAAUUAAUUACUGAGUAAUUCUAAUUAAUUCC